AUGUCCUUUUUCAUUCAUUUUAUUUCCUUCAUAGUUUUCAUUCUUUUUAUGUCCUUUCUCUUUCAUUUUAUUUCCUUCGUGUUUCAUUCUUUUUAUGUUUUUCUCAUUCAUUUUUUUACCUGCAUAUUUUUCUUUUUUAUGUCGUUUCUCGUUCUUUUUAUUUUCUUCAUAUUUUUCAUUCUUUUUACGUCCUUUCUCAUUCAUUAUAUUUCCUUCAUAUUUUUCAUUCUUUUUAUAUCCUUUCUCAUUCAUUUUAUUUCCUUCAUAUGUUUCAUUCGUUUUAUGUUUUUUCUCAAUCAUUUUAUUUCCUUCAUAUUUUUCAUUCUUUUUAUGUCCUUUCUCUUUCAUUUUAUUUCCUUCGUGUUUCAUUCUUUUUAUGUUUUUCUCAUUCAUUUUAUUUCCUUCAUAUGUUUCAGUCUUUUUAUGUCCUUUUUCAUUCAUUUUAUUUCCUUCAUAUUUUUCAUUCUUUUUAUGUCCUUUCUCUUUCAUUUUAUUUCCUUAAUGUUUCAUUCUUUUUAUGUUCUUUCUCAUUCAUUAUAUUUCCUUCAUAUUUUUCAUUCUUUUUAUGUCCUUUCUCUUUCAUUUUAUUUCCUUAAUGUUUCAUUCUUUUUAUGUUCUUUCUCAUUCAUUAUAUUUCUUUCAUAUGUUUCAGUCUUUUUAUGUCCUUUCUCUUUCAUUUUAUUUCCUUCGUGUUUCAUUCUUUUUAUGUUUUUCUCAUUCAUUUUUUUACCUGCAUAUUUUUCUUUUUUAUGUCGUUUCUCGUUCUUUUUAUUUUCUUCAUAUUUUUCAUUUUUUAUGUCCUUUCUCAUUCAUUUUAUUUCCUUCAUAAGUUUCAUUCGUUUUAUGUUUUUUCUCAAUCAUUUUAUUUCCUUCAUAUUUUUCAUUCUUUUUAUGUCCUUUCUCUUUCAUUUUAUUUCCGUAAUGUUUCAUUCUUUUUAUGUUCUUUCUCAUUCAUUAUAUUUCCUUCAUAUGUUUCAGUCUUUUUAUGUCCUUUCUCAUUCAUUAUAUUUCCUUCAUAUGUUUCAGUCUUUUUAUGUCCUUUUUCAUUCAUUUUAUUUCCUUCAUAUUUUUCAUUCUUUUUAUGGCCUUUCUCAUUCAUUAUAUUUCCUUCAUAUUUUUUCAUUUUUUAUGUCCUUUCUCAUUCAUUUUAUUGCUUUCAAAUUGUUUUCAGUACUUUGA